AUGGGGUGUCAAGCGUCCACGCACACCGACGAUUGCGUCGUGCGAGACGAUGAAGAUCGCUCGAGGGCGCGAACUGGGAGCGAUGCGUCGACGAGCGCGAUUUCAAAGAAGACGUUCAACGACGCGUACGAGUUGCAACGAGAGGUCUCCGCCGGUGGUUUCAGUGUCGUCUACGCCGCGAUCGAUAAGGUUUCGUCGAAACAGAGGGCGGUGAAGGUAAUUAAGAUCAGAGAGGACGGGGAGAGCGAGGAGGAACAACGGGAAGAGAGCGACGCGGAGCGCGCGGAGACGACGAGCGACGACGAGAGCGAUGGGAGCGCGCUGAGCGAAGAGAACGAGGACAAUGAUGAGGAAGACGAGUGUUCGGUGAGCUCGCGGGAUGUGAUGCGACAGCCAAAGCGGAGCAUGCGGUUGAAAGAGGCUCAGUUAGAAUACGAGCUCGCGCGCUCGGCGUCGCAUGAGAGCGUCGUACAGACGUAUGAUUUCUACCACGAUCCCCCGAACGCGUUCGUCGUGAUGGAGUUGCUCGAGGGCGAGGAGUUGCUCGAGACCUUGCUCGCUCGGGGGGAGUACGAGGAGGACGAGGCGAGGGUUCUCAUGGGGCAAAUCUUGCGCGCGCUUCGACAGUGUCAUGCCAAUCAUAUUAUUCACAGGGAUGUGAAACUGGAAAACAUGUCAUUCGCGAAGAAGGAUGAGAUCCAGUCGCUUCGCCUGACAGAUUUUGGGCUCGCAAAGCGCGUGAGAAACGCCCGGAACAAAUGUCGCGAUAACUGCGGGACAUCAUCAUACGUCGCUCCAGAGAUUUUACUCAGUCAGCCGUACAACGCCUCAGUUGACAUUUGGUCAGCGGGAGUGAUGAUGUACCUCUUACUGAGCGGAGAACUACCAUUUUACGUCGACGACGAGAACGAUGAGCAGUUAUUAUUCAGGAAGAUUAGCCUGCGAAGCAUCGCGCCCAUGUCCGUGGAUGUAUCCGACGACGCUUUGGAUCUCAUUGAUCGCUUACUCAUCCUGGAUCCGGCAAAGCGCCUGACGGCUGAGGAGGCGUUACUACAUCCGUGGUUCAAAGGAACAGACGCCGUGCAUCGUGACGAUUUGGGACGGUUUCGUUUGACGAGAUUUAUCGCGAAACAACCGAAAGGAACUUUUGGACAGCGCGUGUAUGCGAAAGGGGAGGUAAUCUGUCGACAAGGUGAGCGAGCUCGCGAGCUCUUCGUCAUCCAGUCCGGAGCCUGUGAGGAGUUCGUCGAGGCGUUCGGUCGCGAAAUGAGCGUGAAAAAAUAUUACGCGGAAGAAUAUGUCGGUGAUCGCGGCUUGUAUCUUCCCGCGGGCGUCAUCGAGAUGUCUGACUCCGAAAACGACGACGACGCCGAGGGCUCUUCGUGUGAAUCGAACUUUGCCGUCGUUGUGCGGCGAGUGGUAAUCCUACUCCGAGUGAAGAACAUUUGGCUCGGCGGGCGACGCCGUGUGAACGUCAGGGCAUUGACAAAGACUGUUGUGACCGUUGUCACCACGUCGCAGCUCCGUAGAAUCGUCGAUUCACAGUAUGGGGUGUACGACGAGUUGCUCGUUGGCAUUCGCGACCGAAAAGAUUGA